CAACCGAUUAGAUUAACUCGCCUUGGUGAAACCGGGCCAUAAGCGAUCGGAUUAGAUUAGCAGUGAGAGACAUAACCUCGUAAGCUUACGAGGUGUGAGACAGCCACUGAUCCGGAUUCAUCUAGGGAAAUUUACCAAGUUGUCGAUUGAGUACCACUGCUCAGUCUGAUCAGGGGAGCGAUCACGUGCACGAUCGAAUUCGAUCGGUCGACUUCUCAUACGUUUCUACUCUACAGGUUUCAUGGUUCUUGCUUAUUUAUUAUAGGAUAGUUUCCCUCAGACCAUAGAUUGAUCAUGUACGAAGAGUGGUAUCGGAUGGCAUAUUCCUUCUCGAAUUCGAAUUCGAUCGGUGCACGUGAUCGCUCCCCAGAAAUCCGAUUACUUGUCGUAAACACCCACGGGCUUUAAGGUGCCUUUUCAUACGCAGCAUGCAGCAGCAGCAAAUUAGUCACGUGAUCCAAAUUCACUAAAGCAUAUUUGCUGCUCAUGGAAAAGGAAUAGCUGCAGCAGCACUGGCCGGCUAGAUCGCGUGUCUGCUGCUUUGCUGUUCAUUCAAUUGAACUUCACAGCGAUGAAGCAAAAUAUGGUGAAAUUUAUUUUGCAGCAUCUAGUAACAAUUCUUCAACCAAUAGCAGCGAGUUGCUGCGGCAGUAUGCUGCGCAUGAAAUGGUACCUUUACACUUUGAUGGCGCUCGGAACCCAAAGUUUGCAUCACUGCUGUGGACUCCUUGGUCUGAUAUCCCUGGCUUCGCGGCCAUAUUGCCUUCUGUAAUCCAGAUUAUCCAGAGGCAAGCAUCAUUUCACUUUCCAGAAGAAUCUCUGGUUUCACCUCACGCUGUUACGCUCUAUCCAGGAUAUAGAAAAGUUCUCGAAUCUUCUGGGUAUUCAUUCGUGUGCACUUUCUUGAGUGAUAUCGUUGAAGUCAGACGAACUGUGCUAACAAACUUGUGGUGGACGACUGUGUGCCCCAGACAUCGUAGAUCACUUCAAAUUCGUGCAGCAGCAGUAGAAUGACGAUGCACUGCACUGCGAAGUUACCAUCGGAGAGAAAUACUGAUUCUAUUGUGAAAGAGACACAGGGCUGGAAUUAUGUAGAAAUGGAGAACAUCCGCUACACGUGGACGCUAAAUAAUUUCUCUUGUCAGACGAACCCGAAUGAGUUCAGGUCGAGUAUAUUUUCAACCAACGACGGGUCAAAAUGGUGCCUGGUAGUAAAUCAUGACUUAUUUGAUAUAGACUGCUUGAAUUGUAACCUAUCAUUACAUCUUUGUCUCAUUUCAUCUAAGAAAAGCAGAGUUCGAGCAAAGUUCAAAUUGUCUGCUUUUGUUACCGGAGGGGAAUACAAUACAAAAGAGAGCGAUUAUAUUUAUGAAUUUAUUAAUUAUUGUACUAACGAAGUUGACUGUACUCUCAUUCAGUCUGGACAUUGUUCUGGUUAUAAUUAUUGUCAACACGACUUUGAUAAAUGGAGCUAUAAUGAUUUUAUCUGUAUGGAUACUGAUAAAGAUGACAGAUCGCUAGCGAAUAUAACAAUAUUUUGUGAGAUCAGCCUAUUAACAGACACGAGAAAUAUCUUUAGCCGAAGUCGUGGAGUACGGUUGGAAUCAUCACAGUAUGAGCUGCUCAACAACUUCGGACUGCUGUUGGAGAACGAAAAAUUUUGCGACGUAACGCUUACUGUUCGUGGAAAGGAGUUCCAGGUGCAUAAAGCAAUUCUCGUAGCACAAAGUCCCGUUUUCAACGUAAUGUUUGAAAACGAGAUGAAAGAGAAAAAAACUAAUCAAGUGGACAUCGACGAUAUGGACCCCGAAGUCCUGAAAGAAAUGUUGCGAUUUAUUUACACCGGUAAAGUGACGAAUCUGGAAAAGAUGGCGGGCGGCUUGUUAGCAGCGUCGGAUAAGUACCAGUUAAAUACACUGAAAGUAUUGUGCCAGGAAGCCCUUCGCAAAAGUUUAACCAUUGAAAAUGCGGCCGAAAUCCUAAUACUUGCCGAUCUCCAUAGUUCCGAUCAGCUAAAAGUAGAAGCAAUAAAUUUCAUUAAUACAUAUACGGAUGUGAUUGACACUGCAGGUUUCAAGUCCAUGGAGAAGUCAUAUUUGCACCUGAUAAGAGACAUUUACCGUGCUAUACGAACCAAUCCACCGACUAAACCGGUUUCAGAAAAUAAAUAAAAAAAAUGCACUAGGUGUGACUUCCACACCAUUUCCAAUUAUCUCUGAUAACUUAUCAGUAACAGUCAAUAACAGUAAGCUUAUUAGUAUAUUAGUUAUCAGAUAGAAUUGUUAUUAUUAAUGUAAUGCUACGCAAUCUGCAUUUUAUAAAUUUUUGUGUAUUUGGUUGGAGCUAAAAAACUCCCUAGGUAAGCAGUUUGUUUUUUUUAUCGUACUAUAUGCGAAGUGAUCAGAUUGCAUUAUCUCAACACGUAUGUUUAAUAAUAUUUUAAAGAUGUCAUUUGAUUGUAAUUCGAAGUUGAUAUGUUAUUUUGUAUUAUGAUUACAUAAGAAAAAGUUAAUAGUAUAUUUUUGUAACAAUCGUGUCGAUGACAAGCAGCAAACUGUAUGAGGCGACAUUCGCAACGUAGUCAGUCACGAUUUCGAGAAAGCAGGAUUCAAGUUUUUUAUUUUAAUCGAGAUUACAAAAAUAAAAAAAAAUGUAUGUAUGUGUGUUCAUUUAUAAAUAUUGCACGAAUUAAUAUUUCCUAAUUCUAUUUCUUGAAUAAUACCAAGUCAAAACGAUGGUUUGAUUGUAUAUACAUACAUGGAUCGACAAUUCAACCUUAACUAUAUUUGUUCUUUCUCUCUCCUCCGAAAAUACAUUUUGCGCAUGCGUGCACAUAUACAUUGGAUGAAUUCGUUUCCACGCAUGCGCAAUAUUUACUUCCGUAUACUGAGAAAAAGAAACACUAAAAAUAAGUAUGUCUCUAACUUCCUGCGGACAUUGCUUUUAAUAGCUUGGUUUACACUUUACACCGAUUGUCUGAUAGCGUAUCAAGUAAUGUAUUUCAGCUGAUCAGCUAUAAUGAUUAAAUUUAUUUACUAAUUUAUAAUUUAAUAUACGUAUUAAACACUUGAUGUUAGCUAGACUAAUGCAGAUGGUCUGUCCUUUAUGGCUGAACUGAUGGUGCGAUCCCAUGGACGCGGAACGUGCGCAAUGCGGAAUUGGUGGAACGAAGUCCGUCCAAUCACAGGCAUUCCGCCAAAUGUGUUCCGUCGAAAAAUAUUUUCUAAUGUCCCAUGGUGCGGAAUUUGCGGAAGCGUAAUUUUUGCCUGCCAAUAAUAUACGCUAUUCCGAUAGUUGCAUGUUUCGAAUAAAAAUUUUGUUGUUUUAUUCAAACAACCUGUACUAUU